UCGCGAGCCACUGUGCGCCCGUUCGUCCAUCGACAUGGGAAGUGCGUUAUUUAUUUAUUUUUACCGUCAACCUGACUAUCCGUGUUCGACGUAGUACCAAUAUAGACACCGGUUAGAUCACACUGCAAACACUUAGAUUGAUUGAUUCAGAAAUCGGUCAAUGCGCGUCAAUUUGCGCCUCUAAUUCCUCAUGGAUUUCGGUUGUCAUGACAAGGACUCGGGCGAAGUGGAGUGCUACUUCGAAAUACGUAAAUAUCUGUAAUCGAAAUUUAUCCAAAGACAUAUUAUUAUUUUAGAUUUGGAAACAUUCGCAUUGUAUUUGAUAUUUUUAGUUGGUAUCGUGUUGUUUUUGGGUCGCGUAAACAUGCGCUCAUCUGACAGUAAGUUAGUCCGAAUGUCAGCGCAGUCAGUGUUUGUUAGCCGAAUUAAACGUGUUAUGAGAAAUUGGUAUCAUUUAACGAAUUUAGUUCAUUAUGUGUUGAUAGCUUAAAAUAUAGUUUACGAUGCAUACGGAACUAAGAUCUGUAAGCACUAGACGUGAUAACGUACCCAGCCAUUGUGAUACGGGUACGACUUGCGCUAUCACGAUACAAAUGCCAAAUCCACAUGCAGUUGGAUGCGUUGAAAAAUUUGCAACAUUUUUUUCUUUUCUCCUUGUCAUUAUUACAUUUCCGUUUUCGUUAUUUGAAUGUUUUAAGGUCGUGCAAGAGUUUGAACGCGCAGUGAUUUUCCGUCUCGGUCGAUUACGUAAAGGUGGUGUGAGAGGGCCUGGACUCUUCUUCAUAUUACCCUGUGUCGAUACUUAUAGAAAAGUAGAUUUAAGAACAGUAUCAUUUGAUGUACCACCUCAAGAGGUUCUCACAAGAGAUUCAGUCACUGUCGCGGUCGAUGCAGUUGUUUAUUAUAGAAUUAAGGAACCGUUAAACGCAGUAGUUCGUGUUGCAGAUUAUAGUGCUUCUACUCGUCUCCUCGCUGCGACAACUCUCCGUAAUGUACUGGGUAUGCGUGACUUAGCCCAGCUGUUAUCCGAUCGUGAAGCUAUCAGUCACAUGAUGCAAGCUAACUUGGACGUAGCGACUGAUCCUUGGGGAGUUGAAGUGGAAAGAGUUGAAAUCAAAGAUGUGCGGCUCCCAGUACAGUUGCAAAGAGCAAUGGCGGCUGAAGCAGAAGCUGAUAGAGAGGCCCGAGCUAAAAUAAUUGCUGCUGAGGGUGAAAUUAAAGCCUCAAAGGCUCUAAGAGAAGCAUCUCUCGUUAUGAUAGACAAUCCUACUGCUCUACAAUUAAGGUACCUACAAUCACUCAACACAAUAUCAGCUGAGAAGAGCUCAACAAUUAUAUUUCCGUUCCCGAUGGAUUUCCUCAAAAGUUUCUUGAGUGGCUCGGGACCCAGCAUACCUCCGCCAUUACCAGUAUAAAGUUAUAACAUGCAUCGUAAUUAUCAUCAUAUUUCGUUAUUUAAAAAAAAAUCUACAUCAUUUACAAUCUUUAUUGUAAAAACAAACGAAAUGAGUUAUUAUUAUAAUAUAGUUAUAAUGUAGAAUAAAAUAUAACAACCAAACUUUUUAAGAAUUGAAUCUUUAAGUGCAAGUUUUAAUAUAUUAUAAACGAUUAUAGGUUUCAUUAUUAUUUAUCCGAAAUAUAUCCGAUUGUUUUAAUCUUAAAACUUUGAUAGCUAGCGGGGUCCAUAAGUGAUGGCGACUUUAUAAUAUAAGUCAUUUUUGUAUAUUUUGAAUGUAAUUAACAUACCUGAAAAUUGCCGUGGCUUAAAUAGAAUAAGUUAAAUAGGACACUGUCAGUAUUUUUUUCUGGUGACCGUACAAUAAUCAUGAAUUAAAUUAUUUAUAAUUUCAUACAAACAAAUACUAAUUCUAUUGACACAAUGUGUUAUAUAUAUGAAUAAAGCAUUAUUUUAUAUGUAAGAUUACAAAAAGCCACUGAAUAAUAAGACACUUAAUAACUGGCCACACCAUUGCCUUUUCUCUCCCACUCUUUAUCAUCUAUACAUUAGACUUGACAUUAUCUCCUAUCUCGUAUUAAAACAUAUUUCAAAUGUCAUAAAUUUCUUCUUGAAGUUUUAAUCAUUUUAUUAUUAACAAUAGCUUAUUUUUAUCCUGAUACGAAUAUAUUUAUUUAUUAUAAAUUCAUUUGAAGUACAUAAAGUUGUAAAUAAAUUUAAAAUCCCAAAUUGCUUUUGAGACAUAUAUAAUAAUGGAGGGCAGAUUAAAAUCUGAUUUACCAGGAGCUUACAAUGGUAUUACAAUUAUUAUUAUACAUGCUCGUAACAAGCCCAACGCUAGCGCCUAUUUAAGGGCUUAAACGAUUAUUCAAAUGUAAUAUAUAGUGCAUCAAAAUUAGUAUUAUUAAUAUUAUAUAUUUAAUUGUGCGCGGGUUGGCUGCGCAAAAGAUGAUUCAUCGAUAACUCGCGUUAAUUGCAGAUAACACUAAUUUCCCUUUCGAACUUCGCAACGCAAUCGGUUUUUAUCUGAGUACCUAGACUAAUACUUGAAACACGCGUUUUCUUGUUUUUCUUUCUUGAUCAAAAUAUAUUUCAGCGAAAAUCUAACACGGGACACCAAACGGCAUGUAAUUUUAUUUUAUUUUUUUCGAAAAACCUGUUGCUAUUGGCCCAAUUAGCCGAUAGCGUCUUCGGGGGGGCAGCAUGACAUAACAUAUAUUUAUAUUAACGAUAUUUUUCGCAUAAAAAGGUACAAAUACAUGACUUUUCAUUCAGUUAUAACUUUUUACAGCAUAUUUUUUGUUGCGGUCUGGUUAUAAAGACCUUACUUAUUUAGUACACUAUUUUAUGACAUAGAUUUCGUUAGUAGUGGAUAUUUGGACCAAAGUCCAUACAUUUUUUAUCAUUCUUCUUUGCAGCGAAUAUGUUAUACUAUUUGAAUAAUAAUAAUUAUUAUUAAUGUUUUUUCUAGAAAUCAAACAAGAGUCUUUGAAGGAGAAAAUAAUACGUUUCAUUACAAUAUUGAUAAUAAUUCUGUUUCCAUUUUGUUUAUUACUUUGCUUUAGG